AUGGUACCAUUCAAAAAUACCAUUUGCUGGCUGAUUAUAAUAUGUGGAUUUUUGACACAAUUACUGCUUUAUAUACCAAGUUUUACAUGCACUAAUGAUAAAGCACUUCCAAUUUGCAUGCCACAAUUUUCUUUCGAAGUUGUGAAGGAUUCUAGACUUUCUUCUGGGUUAACUCUGGGGUUCAGAGAGUUUUUAGGAGCUCUGUCGUAUUUCGCCUAUAACAUGGGUUGGAGCAGUAGCCACUCUAAAGAAAAUGAUAAAAUAUAUGAGUGGGAAGAACUGAUAGACACAUUCGACCCUGGGAACAGAUACUAUGCCAAUUAUGGAGGUUUUUGUAAGUAUAACGGCAGUCGGAAAGUAGCCUGUUUCUCGAAUAAUGGUUAUGGACCUAAUGUUUUCGCGAUUCUGGCUCAGGAUUUUGGUAUCCAGUUGGGCAACUUAUCGUUGUCAAAUUCCAACAGUUCCUUGACAUUUGGAAGUCAGUUUACUUACUCGUUUAUGUCUAUUGUUAAACACUUGAAACGCUACAUUAGCACGCAUUGGUUUGACGAUAGCGUUAUUAGCAGCUUAGUGCCAAUGUACAAAAAAAUACAAGAAGAUUUACUCCACUUCAAUAAUGUUAUAAUCAUAAUUGCAUGGUUCUUGAAAUUUAACAAAAUAGUCUUCAUUGUUUUCCUGUUAGAAUUUGUAGCGAGCAUUGCUUGUACACUCUGGUUUCUCUGCUCUUUUGGCGUCAUUAAAAUAUGUCGUUAUAAAGGGGCAUAUGCAAAUCCAGGUUCCGUGUACAUUAUUAUCAUAUUCAUGGCAUUCACCACGGCGUCAUUCAUACUUUCCAUUUGUUUACAGGGCACUCUUGGUAUCUUAAACCAGGACCCGAAUAAUUUCCAAAAUGACAAAUUCACAUUAAUACAGGCAAAAGUGGGCAGUGGCUUUAUUAUCACUUGCGUUAGGUAUGCCAUGCAAGUUUCGGUUGUCAUUAUCACAGCUGCCUUGCUGUGUCUAAACAUUCCAAAAAGGAAAAAGAAGAAACGGCAAGCGUCUGAUGAAAUCUCAGAAUACGAGGAAGCCAACGGUAAAAUGUUCGAUACAACUUUACCUCCAGUAGAGUUUACGGUAGACGAAGAGGGCAAUGAUACAUUUGGAGUAUAA